CGGGUUAUACACCAAUGCAUCUUGGGACAAAGAAGGUGUCGUAGUAGUGUUGAGUCCUUGAACGUGAGAUGAAUUUUAUUUCCCACGAUUUUUUAGAUACAUUUUUGACAAACUAUUAGUGGGUGAUAACAUUAUUAACAAACUACACUGAGUCGUGCGUGUGCAUUUGGGAGAGAUGGGAGCUGAUAAAAGGAUUAGUCGGACAGAACGUAGCGGCAGAUAUGGCUCUGACCAAAACCGCGAUGAAUCAGAAUGGCGUGACAGACGAGAGAGGGACCAAGAGCGUGACCACAACAUGCGCCGCUGGGGCGAAGAGAGACGCAGUGAUCGCUUUGAAGGAGAUCGUCGUGGAUCAAGAGACAGUCCAGAGCAAAGAGAAAGGAAACGACGUAACAGUGAUAGAUCAGAAGACGGUUAUCACUCUGAAGGCGACUACCCAGAGGAUUACAAAAGGGAGCCUGGGGAGGAGAAGAAGAGCAAGACCAUCAUGCUCUGGGGUCUGGCACCUCAUAUCACUGAAGACGAUAUUUGUUUUGCCAUAGACCAACUGGAGGGACCGCAGCCAGUGGAUGUCAGGCUGAUGAAAAAGAAAACAGGUAUAAGCCGUGGUUUCGCCUUCGUGGACUUUUAUCACUUGCAAGAUGCUACCCGAUGGAUGGAGACCAAUCAGAAACGCCUGACCAUCCAAGGCAAAAGCGUGGACAUGCACUACAGUCACCCCAGAAACAAGUAUGAAGACUGGCUCUGCAACACUUGUGGCCUGUACAAUUUCCGGAGGAGGCUGAAGUGCUUCAGGUGUGGAGCAGCCAAAGCCGAAAGUGAAACCGGCAAUAAUACUGGAGCCUCUGAAUCUCAACCCAGCGGAGAUUUCUAUGGCGACACAAUCAUCCUAAGAAAUGUUGCUCCUCUGGCCACCGUGGAAGCCAUCUUGACAUCCCUGGCACCAUAUGCUAAUCUUUCAUCCAACAACAUUCGCCUCAUCAAGGACAAGCAGACGGGCCAGAACAGAGGCUUUGCCUUUGUACAGCUGUCCUCUCCUCUGGAGGCCUCUCAGCUGCUAACAAUCUUACAGGGACUGCAGCCGCCGCUGAAACUGGAUGGAAAAACAAUAGGUGUGGAUUUUGCUAAGAGUGCUAGAAAGGACCUUUUGCUACCUGACGGAAAUCGCGUCAGUGCCUUCUCCGUGGCCAGCACGGCUAUUGCUGCAGCCCAGUGGUCUUCGAGUCAGCCACAGCAGAGCGCAGAUGGAAUGUCAGAGUACAGCUACCUGCAAGAAGGCUACACUCCAAGGGCACAGGACUUCCAGGCCUACUACCAGCAAGGAGCAAUAGCCAGCACCUCCCAGGGAAAUGGGAUUCUAGGAGCAGCCCCAGGUGUGAAGAUUGUUCCAACUGCAGCUGGAGUAGUAAUCGCACAGGGUGCACAGGUCUAUCAACCCCAUAUCAUUUCGCAGCCAGCUGUUCAGGCAUUUGCCCAGCAUUUGGAGGCAAACGCCCACAAGGGACGUCUUUCAGGCGUUGACGCUGCGUAUGGGCCCGUUGGCCUUGUGGCUGCUGCCACUGUUACAUUAGCAGGACAGACGGCUGACGCCAGCACUGCUCCUGACACGUCCACCUAUCAGUAUGAUGAGUCCUCUGGCUACUAUUAUGACCCUCAAACUGGCCUCUACUAUGACCCAAACACUCAUUAUUACUACAACUCUCAGACCCAGCAGUAUCUGUACUGGGACAGUGAGAAGCAAACAUACGUUCCCGCCGACGCAAAUGCUGGACUAAAUGAUAACGCGUCAGGCAGCAAAGAAUCGAAAGAGGGCAAGGAGAAAAAGGAAAAGCCCAAAAGCAAGACUGCUCAGCAGAUUGCUAAAGAUAUGGAACGGUGGGCUAAAAGUCUGAACAAGCACAAAGACAACUUCAGGGGUGGCUUUCAGCCCAUUAGUCAAGAAGAGAGGAAGGAGGCAGCAGCUGCUGAUGCUGGCUUCAUACUGUUUGAGAAGAAGCAGGCAGGAAGUCUAGACAGAUUAAUGCCUGAGGUGUUUAGGGGCCCGGAGGAGGAGCCACCACCCAGCUCAGUCAACACUUCCAAGUGUGGCCUUGUGGCAGCCUACAGUGGAGACAGUGACCCUGAGGAGGGGCUACCAGACCCUGAUGGUGGAGAAGGAGGACAGGACAAGAUGACAGACUGGACCAAGUUGGCUUGUCUACUGUGUAGGAGACAGUUUCCCAACAAAGAGAGUCUAGUUCGACAUCAGCAGCUCUCUGACCUCCACAAGAAAAACAUGGAGAUUUUCCAAAGAUCCAAAAUGACAGAAGCAGAGCUGGAAGAGUUGGAGAGAAAAGAAACAGAGCUGAAAUAUAGAGACCGUGCAGCUGAGAGGAGAGAAAAAUAUGGAAUCCCUGAACCCCCAGCGCCUAAAAAGAAGAAGUUUAGUCAACCAGCACCAGUCAUUAACUAUGAACAGCCCACUAAAGACGGCCUCAACAGUGACAAUAUUGGGAACAAAAUGCUGCAGGCCAUGGGAUGGAAGGAGGGGAAAGGUCUCGGUCGUAACCAGCAGGGCAUCACUACACCAAUUGAGGCACAGUUGAGAACAAAAGGAGCUGGACUUGGCACUAAAGGCAGCAACUAUAGCCUCUCUGCUUCAGACACGUACAAAGACGCAGUCCGCAAAGCCAUGUUUGCUCGAUUCACUGAAUUGGAAUGAGUCGUUAGUCUAAAUCUCAAGUGAUUGAUCGUCACGGCCUGCAGAUCAUUUGCUUCUUUUUGAGGCGGACCUCCACCAUGUCUGCAUCAACAAUGACAAGUGAAUUAUCCUGGAAGCAAAAGAGAAGUCUUCUCCCUUUAAUGAUUUCACCCCAUGUAUGAUGCCUUUUUGUCAAAGUAGUAAAAACCUUACCAUGGAACAAAUCUGUAAUGUAGGUGUUUUAAGAUGGGGAUUAUAUAAUUUAUAAAAUUGUACAUAAGCAAAGUAAAUUUACUUCUCCUGUUUACAUAUUUCUUCCUUUUUUUUUUGUCUUGGCAUGUUAAAAAGAUUGUACAGUUUCUACAAAAAUUCUGUCUGUACAGAAAAUAAAUGACACGUGAUUAAUGAUGGA